AUGACUUCCAACCAGCCAACUCUUCUUGAAUACGCCAGAUUCUACAACGUCGCAGAGGACUACACUAAGCUUUGUCCAAUUGAUUACGCAGACGAGACAUGUGAGCUGCCAAUUUAUGUUCCCAUUAUUGAGGGUCUCGAGCUCGAAAAUCCAGAGGAACGCCUCAAAGAAAUCGAUGAACGCUUCUGCACUGACCUCUUAAUGGAGAGGCUCGAAACUAAGCCUGAGGAUCUAGAGCUGCUGAGCGGAUGUCUCCAACUCGAUUCCGUCAAGGGAAACAUCUGGCGCGGCAUCCUUCCUCAAGUGAUGACCUCUGACAUCAAAGACGAGCCUAUUCUCCUCACAACUGAGGAUGAGAGAAUGAUCGCUUCGUCCGAGUUUCACGCUGCUUUCGCUCAGAGUCCGGCUACAUCUUCUUCGUCUUCUGCCCCGGUUCGUCUGGUUGUUCCUAGUGGUCCUGAUGUUCCUGUAGUUCCUGUGAACACGCGGGAUAUCUUUAAUUACUACAAUUCGGGCUUGCCUCAGUCAAACAUAGCUGAUGGUUUUACUAUUCCUCGCCAUGUUCCUGCCGCAUGCCCGAAUAUCACUAGUGCGACUUCUCAUCGUGAUGGGGACGCAUUUCCCCCCUUAAUGGGUUCAUCAGGGAUGGUGCCUCAGUUUGUCAGUAUUGAGACCGACUCUAUUGACUACGACAGCGGGGCUUAUGAUCGGUACACUCAUAAUGAGGCCGACCCCUUUGACUUCGAUAGCGAGGCUCACGGUCUGAGUGUACCGAACUCUGAGCAUCCCACUGAAAGCGAAUUCAGUGCAUUUGAUUUUGAGAACGCCGCGUCCUCACCUCCAUUCGUCGAUGUCAGUUCAUGCAACAAAUCGCAACCCACUUUCACUGAUGUUUCUCCCAAUCUGACCAAAGAAAAAGGAUUCUCCGUUGGCAGGGUUGACAGCCAGAAAGCGCAAGUACCGAGAGCUUUGAAGGGCAAGAAAGGAACGAAGGCUUUUUUGGAACCUGUGGCGGAUCCAGGAAUACCUUGUGAACAGGAGGGAGUCGUGGCUGCUUCUCUCAGUACGCUUCAUGAAGGCAAAAUCGUGUCAAGGGGCUGUUCGAGUUCCUCAGUAACCCGGCCAGCAAACGAUCAAAUCAUCACCCAGCUAGCCCGAGAUUCGCAGAAUGCAAACGAUAACAAUGUUUCCUUCAAACCUCCUUACGAGCAAAACCUCAGUACUACGGCAACACAUAUUUCCUCAGACAUGGACAAGAGAGAGUCUUGCCUCGCUCAGAUGGAACUGUUUCGUAUGAAAUUGGGCUACAAGUCACCCUCCACAGGAUUGAGACAAGACCCUUUCAAGCCUCCACUUCCUAUUUCUUCUGUAGAUUCUAAAAAGACACCGAAACCACUCAAAGCAGUGUCUGGUGACCUCGGGUCGCUAUCCUUAUUUAUGCGAACCAGAGGCAGUGAUGGAGGAUAUAUCACCUCGUCGAAUGAUCCGUCGUCCCUUUCCCUGUCAGGGUCCACAAGAAUUGGAGAAGGCGAGUUCUCAAACGACCCUUCACAGAUGGGUGACAGUCCCCCAGACCCUAAUGAUAGACCCUCGGGUCUGUCUCGCUCGCCGAGCCCUGCCUUCGCCAUGCAGGAGAUCGUGACCAGAUCGGCAUUCUACCCGCCCCCGAGGUUCUUCUUGUCUACCACCCUCCUAACCACUCACCCGUUAGUCGUGCGAGAUAUGGAGGGGUGGCCAACUAAUCCACCCAAGUUGAUCUACAGAAACUAUGAGAACGCUGAUUCCCGAUACCAGUGUGAUGCAGAGAUCCUUCUGGCACCUGAUACUGGACUUAUUCUGACAACCCCGCAUGAACUGACCCAGCGGUAUCUUCCAGGGCAUGGACCAAGGGAUACAAGGUUCAAUGGAAUCGCGGGAAUUAAUUCCCCGUUCAGGGAAAAGAUUUUCCGCCUCAUGCAUCGAUAUAUGCUUCUAGUUAUCCUCAUCUGCAAACCUGACAGGGCAGACGUCAGCAGAGUUGCGAAUGCUUCUCUGAGAAGAGAAAGCCAGUCGCUCGCUGAAUUUUGUGACAGCUACGAGGAACUAUCCACAACGUUACUGAUACCGAUCCCGAACCACUCGUUAUACAUUGUAUUGUGGUGUUUCGGAAUGGGGAGACUUCGAUACGAUUUGUUUCCCGCUGAGAUGAUGGAAAAUAUCACAGACGAGGAGUCCGACUAUGAAGUCGCUCUCCGCGACCUGGGGAUUAAUCCUUUCGCGGCGCGCUUCAUUUUGGAUAACAUUCGCGUUCGUGAUUUCAGCCAAUAUCCACCUUCCUUUCCCUCUCAUGAGACAAUUGUCAAUGCCAGCGCAGAUUCAAUGGCUUUCGAUGUGUUUAUAAAUAUGGAACGCUCGCGGAGGAUUAGGGAAUACGGGUCUACUAUCGGCGCGGAGCUGAUGUACAGGGUGUCGGAGGUGAUUGAAUCAAUGGCGCACUCGAGCACCGAGAAUGAGACCGGCGAGGAUAUGUACGGUACUCAGAUCAGCAUUGAUUAG